CCUCCCAUACAGCAGAGGGUAGUUGGCACCACUAUAAAGCUUCAGCCUCCUCCGACGACUCGUGCCUGACUCUCUGCCAACCUGUGUGAAGCUAGGAAGAGGAAUAGUGAGAGGGAGGGAAGAGGAAGAGAGAUAGAGAGAGAGAGAGGGAAAGGAUUUUUGGAAGGAAAUAAACAGAGCAGCCUGGAAUUCGACCUUUCCUUCACCAGUUUUGGCACCCAGGGAUAGUACCUCUCCCAGGUCUCUGCAUGAGGGGGCAGCAGCGCUUGGACUUCAGUUUUACGGACAAGCAUGCAGUCAAUGGGAAUCCCAUUGUUGAGCCUUUUCCAGAAGGCAUGGAGACCAUCAUGUUUGGUUUAGGCUGUUUCUGGGGAGCUGAGAGACUUUUCUGGCGGCUUCCAGGAGUCUUCUCCACACAGGUGGGCUACGCUGGCGGCUUUACACCCAACCCCACUUACCACGAGGUCUGCUCAGGUCUGACCGGUCACACUGAGGUGGUGAGGGUGGUCUUCUCCCCGAAAGACGUCAGCCUUGAGGAACUGUUCAAGCGCUUUUGGGAAAGCCACGAUCCUACACAAGGUAUGAGGCAGCAGAAUGACAGUGGUACUCAGUAUCGUUCAGCCAUUUACACAUCCAACCCCACUCAACAGGAGCUUGCAUUGAGAAGCAAAGUGGCCUUCCAGCAGGAGCUGGAUAAAAAAGGCUACGGUCGCAUCACCACAGAGAUCCGGGAGGGGCAGCCGUUUUACUAUGCAGAGGACUAUCACCAGCAGUACCUGAAGAAGGUACCUAUUGGCUAUUGUGGCCUCAAAGGCACUGGAGUCUCGUGUCCCAUUGGAGCCAAGAAGGAUGAACUGUGAGGGAUGUGUGGUGAGAAAGAAAAGGAUGAGGAUUUAUGAAGGCUUUUAUUUUGUCAUAUAUCAUCCUUAAUCUUUCCUUUUCAAAAGUAUUUUACUAGUAUUUUAGUAACGUAACUUAUUUGUCAGCUAUGGAGAAUUAAUAUAGUGUCAGAAAUUAUUUGCCAACUAUGUGUACAAGGUUGCUCACAAUGUACACAGAAAUAGACAGCUAAAAACAUGAAUAUUUUACUACUAUGU